CUUCCUAACUUUGGUUAGUUUUUGCUACUCUCUUUCCGCGAAGUUUCUUGCAAAGUUGUUUUUGUGGAUCUCAUUCUCAUCUCAAAAUUGUGUUAAGAAAUAUCCGUACGCUAGUACGAUAUUCAAAGCGUGUCAUCUUUAAUCAUUUAAUUUCAAGAAUCUCAUUCUAUACCUCUAUAUAUACAUCACACAUUCAUACAAACUUCUCACACAUUACAAAACCUACCAAACAUCCCUUUAUUUCACAUGCACUACCAAUUAGUAUCCCUCUAAACAUAAACAUAAUGUACCCUCUCACCACAUAUCACUUGCACCAAAUCUUCGACGAGCUAGACCGGAAUAAAGACGGCCUAGUGAGCAUCGACGAGCUCAUGUCGCUCCUCGAGAGGCUCGGCCUGCACGCUAAACGAGCCGAGCUCGAGCUUCUGGUGGGCGAUAAGGCCCUCAAUUUUUUCGAUUUCCUUUUCUUCUACCAAACCUUGAACAAUAUCAUUGUUCAAGAGAAUCGAGACCAAAUCAAGGAGCGGGACCACCAAAUCGCGGAGGAUGAUCUUAGGAAGGCGUUCGGGGUUUUUGAUCUGAACGGCGACGGAUUCAUCUCCGGCGAGGAGCUGCAGAUUGCAUUAGGUAGAUUAGGGUUAUGGGAUGAUAAGAGCUGUGGCCAAGAUUGUAUGCAAAUGAUUGGCGUCUACGACACUAAUUCCGAUGGCUUGCUAGAUUUCGAGGAGUUCAAGGAAAUGAUGUCCAUGGAUUUCUUGGAAUCUUCUUAGAACUUUUUUUUUUCUUUUUCUUUCAAGACUCCUUCUUCACGAGUGUCUAUGUCGAAAAGCAUUGUGUGUACGUAUGUGCCUAUGUAUACAUAGUUAGGACUAAUCUUCGAGGUAUAUAUAUGAACUUUCUAUUAUUAUUAUUA